UAAAGUUAACAGAGCGGGACGGGCUGAGAAGAGAGAGAGAGCAAGUACAGUGAGCGACUCGCCAGCAUUAACAGAAGUGCGCGCGGAUCGGAUGUUGACACAUCGCGCGCAUCUGCAUAAUCUACAUCACAGCGGUGGCACGCGCUAAACAGCUCAACUCUUUAAACCUCCGUGGUUCUUUUCAAAACCAUAAAAAAGCUUUUCUAAGGCGUCUUUUCGCGGUUUUUCUUUUAGUAAUUUCCGAACUCUUUUGACUGACAUCAUCUGGUUUCGAGUUGGAUAAAAUAACAGUUUGAUGUCCGACUGAGAUAAAGAUGUUUGACGACAAUAUUAUUUCCGUCAGAGAAUGACUGAUCUGUAAGACUUAAGUCUAUAAGCAUUGAGUUGGGUGCUCUUCAGACCUCUUCAUCACAUUACACUGAGUUUGAGUGCACUUCAUUGCUUAAAUGGACCUCCAUCGGACUGCCUUUAAGAUGGAGAACUCCUCCUACAUGCCCAGCCCGCUGACCUCCCCUGCCCUCAUGGUUUUGGCAUCAACAGCUGAGGCUGGACGAGAUGCCUCUGUACCCUGCCAGCCCCCUCGGCCGUUUGGAGUGCCGGUCACUCUGGAAAAGGACAUGCACCUCCCGUUCCCCAGCGGCUCAUACACCUUUGCCUCUAUGUAUCAUCGGCAAGGAGGCUUUCCCACUCGCGACUUUCCCACCCCUCUGCUCCACCUCCACCCACAGUUUGCCCCACCCAAUCUUGACUGCUCACCGCUGGGUAUGCUCAACCACGGAGCGGUGGGGGCCUUCCGGCCAUUCUCCUCCCCACCCGAGGAGCGUGAUGCAGGGGCUUACCAGUCUGCCUUCCUCCCUGCCAAGCGCUUGAAGGGCUGUCUGGAACCAGAGGCAUCACCCCACCUCCGCUACAGAGAUGUGGAGGGAAAAGAUUUUGACUUUGGGGGUGCUCAUGUUCCUACUGGUUCACCACACACCCUGAAGGUAGCUGAGGAUGCUGGGAAGAAGCUCUUUGGCUUGUCUGGGCUGUUGGUAGAGGGUUCAUCUAGCCCAGAGGAGCACAAAGAACCAAGUAAAGUGAAGACCUUGUAUGACACUCAGACGCCCAUGUGUCCGAUCUGUCAUGCUGUGCUGCGGCCAGGAGAGCUGCAGGAACACAUGGAGCAGGAGAUGGAGCGACUGAUGCAGCAGCAAAAUAGUCAGGGUCCUGCUCAAAAGGAGUGUUUCGCUGCUGGGCCACCUAAGUCUCUGUUCUCUAUGCAUAUAAAGAGAGAGGGUUCCUCCUCCGCCUCAUCUCCUCGUCCUGCUGAUGAGGCAGUGCACUCCGACAGGUACCAGACAUUUUUGCGAGUACGAGCAAACAGGCAAACAAGACUCAAUGUUAAGGAGCUCUGCUGGUGCAGGUGCUACGCCAAACAGAAAGUGAAAUCUGUUCAUGUUUGGCCUGACUGUGGAUUCCCACAUUUAUCUUCUUGCCCACUGUCUGCACGCAUUGGGAAACUUAAAAGACGGAAAGCAGAGGAAGACCAGAGAGACGGCGUGUGUGUUGUUGAAGAUGGCUCUGUGCUGUCAGCUGGGAGGGAGUUUGAAUGGGCCGAACAGAGAAGAAUACAGAUGGUUUCUGUUCUCAGAGGCUUCAGAGGUUUGGUGAGCAGCUCACUGAAAGAACAUCAGGACAGCGAUGCAGAUCUGGAUGUGGACGGUGAUGAUACUUUGGAAUAUGGAAAAGCACAAUACACAGAGGCGGAUGUGAUUCCCUGUUCAGGAAAUGAACCCAGAGAUGCUGAGGAGAGGCAGGCGUUAAGAGGAGCUGUUUUAAAUGGCGACACAACCAGCAGGUCAUCUCCAGAGCAAACCAAGUUGGCAAACCCAGAAACUCCUACUACAAGCAAUGGAGAGUUUGACAACAAAAUAAGCACAACAUCUCCAAGUACCUGCAAGAACAGCGAGUUAGAGAUCUUACCAGAUGACCCCUCCCUCAGUAUGCUGGAGGCCCUGAAAACACGCAUCAGAGAUCUGGAGAAGCAGCUCACACGAGGGGACAGGUUCAAGUGUCUCAUCUGCAUGGACUCCUACACAGUACCUCUGACCUCCAUCCAGUGCUGGCAUGUCCACUGUGAGGAAUGCUGGCUUCGCACCCUGGGAGCAAAGAAACUGUGUCCACAGUGCAACACUAUCACCUCACCUGGGGACCUGAGACGAGUGUAUUUGUGAAAAGUUACGGCUGUCCUGUUAUCUGCCUGUUUGCACUCUACACAGACAGAUCAUUUUAACUGAGGAGUACCUUUCUGGGCUGCUGCAAAACUUAGAGGACAUCUUGCCCAACAGAGUCUUUGCCCAAAGGUUCAUGUCGGAAUGCAACCCAGUUACUGCACAUGAAGACCACUGUGUUCAUUUCUUAAUGAAAUGGUAAAGAUUUAAAGCAUAAAUCUGCCGUAAUAAUAUUGUAAGGACAGUAAAAAUGUUGUUUCUAUGUAAAAAAAAA